ACAGUGAAGCAAUGGAGGAAGAUCGACCUAUGAAGAAAAUGGCGGAGGCCUUCAAAGAAUUGUGCAACAGAUUAAAUGAGUUUCCCGAAGGCGAAGAAGCUCGCCUCGAACUUGCUGCGUUUGCUAACGCCUGCUCUCUCGUCUCUCCUCUCAUCCGAUGUCUCGGCGGCGCUUUCUUAUUCGCUGACAUCGAUUAUGUUUCCAAAGUGAAGGAUCUUGUGGAGGCUUCAAAAUCAGUAUCUGUGCUGCCGGUGAUGAUAGAUAACGAUGUUAGAUCUGAUUGUGUGCGCACGAUCAGGAGUAACACGAGAAAUCUUUUGAGAAUGAAGCGUACACUUGAUAUGAUGAAGAUAUUGUUUGAGCAAAUAAUUUCUUCCGAGGGAAAUUCCUUAAAGGAUCCAGCUUUAGAAGCUUACUCAGUCUUUACUUCGUACCAUGGAUUUGGCAUUAGAAAAGACGUGACUGCAGGAAUGUUUGAUGCCAUUCCCACCAAGGCAGAGAUGUUAAACAAACUCAAUGAAGAUGAAACUUCAUCAAGAAUUCAGAUGCAGAACUUCAUAUCCUCGGCAGCUCAAGUCAGCGAGUAUAUCGAACAACUCCUCAUCUCGAGAGGAUUAGGAUCUGAAUGGUGAAAGGGAUUAGAUAUAUGUAUCUCAUACUACUAUGUUUGUAUUUUACUGCACUUGUAUAUUCAAUAAGUCAAAUCAUACGUUCUAUUGGAUAUAUAUUAUUCUAUGGGAAACAUUGACGCUAUUGUAUAUUUGCAGUAUUUUAUGAAAAUUAAUAGCACUAGAGGUAUUGGUGAAAGACUUUAUUAAGUUUGAGAGAGUUA